GGGGAAGCUUAUAUAGGGUGUGCAGCCUCAUCUCGUCUCUCCUUUCCCUGUUUAUAACGCCAAUUGCUUUCCCUUCACUCUUAACCUUGUUCUUUCGUGCUUUUUCUAGAUUCAGACCAAAAGUGUCGAUACAAUGCGCCAUUUCGACGCCUGGCUCCUCCGCGACCCCUACUCAAUCUUCCACUACUAUCCCACCAACCGACGCUGGUCAGAAACCAUCCGCGCACUAAUCCAAGACCACCAAAUCUGCGCCCCAACCCCGUCUGCCUCUGCAUCCACGCCAUCAACCCCGGAUGCUUUUCAAGAAAUCCACCCCCAACGCAACAGCCCCCUCUUCACCCGCCUGCCCCCGGAGAUUCGGUCCAUAAUCUGGUCCUACGUCUUCGGCGAACCCGUCCUGCACCUCGUCCAGAUCCGCAACCAAAUCCGCCAUGUGCGCUGCCCCAAUCCCGUCUCUGCGAUUGACAAGAACCGGCGCUGCUGUCCCGUCACCGCCGCGCGAUGGCGUACGGACGUUGAUAUCCCGUCCGCUGCUUCACCAGCUUCCCCAAGCAACAGCAGCAGCAGCACCAACAAACAACCCCCCAACACCGACCCCAACAGCAAACUCUACGCCCACACCCACCCCUCCCUUCCCGCACACCUCAGCACCACCCCGGCGAGCCUGCUGCGCACCUGCCGCGCGAUCUACAACGAAGCAGCACCGCACCUGUACCGCGACGCGACCUUCGAUGUCGACGACCUGUCGACCUGGAUCGCAUUCACCGACCAGGUCAACCCGGCCUGCCUGGGGGAGGUGCGGACCUUGAGCGUGCAGGUUGUCCCGCUGGGCGGGAUACCCGCCCACUCAAUCCACACCCACACGCACAACCCGCACCUCUGGACAACCUUCUGGCACAGAACCACCACGAGGUGCCCGCACCUCACCGACCUAACCCUCUGCAUCGACCUGGGCCGCUUCACCACAACCACAACCCCCACCCCCACCAGCAACCCCGGCACUACCACCGUAAUCGGCGGCUACAAGCUCCCGCUCCACGCCGGGAUAGAUGCGGAAUGGCUGCGGCCCAUCGUCCGGCGGGUGCGCGGGUUGCAGCGGUUCGAGCUGGCGGUCACGGCGCGGUGCGAGGCGGCGGCGCGGGCGGGGGUGGAGCGGGAGGACGAGUCGGAUGGGGAUCAGGAUGGCUCUGACUACGCGUACGGGUUCCGGGCUGGGAAGGAGGGGUGGCAGAGACGAAAGAGGAGGUUGCCGAUUUGUUCGGCUUGAUGGCCAAUUCAUAGAAUUUUUCGGGGAUUGGGGGGGAGGUGUGGGUGGCUGAAUGGGGGAAGGUAAAAUGAUGAUAGAUGAUAGAUGAUAGAUACCCUUUUUGUUUUC